AUACCCAUAAUUACAUUAAAAAAGAUGCGUCGCUUGAAUAAUUUGGUAACGCUUUUCACGGCCAUAACAGCGUUCUUCUUUGGCAGCUUCAUAACCCGUAUUCUGACCAUGGUCGACAAGUGCCCGGCACCGAGGAGCGGUGUCGCCAAACUGGAACCGCAUCCAGAUCUAUUUCUAGUGAUACUUGUGUUCAGUGCACCCAGCAACGUGGAAAUGCGCGAUGGCAUGCGUGACACUUGGCUGCGACUGGGCCAGCCACUGCGACAAGCAUACUUUCCCGAGGAGUAUCUCUAUCUGCCCAGCUACACGGCUGCCGGCGGUCAUUUGCAAAUGGAGACAGUUGCAGCGCAGGCUCAUCGUUUGCAGCAGUACAUGAGCUGGCAGCAGCAGUUGCCCGAUUUAGAAGAGCCACACAUACAGCGAAAUAUUAAAGUGAAGCAUCUAUUUGCCAUUGGCACAGAUGGCCAAAUGGGCGCCACACUGCGUGCCGAAUUGGAGCACGAGCAGAAGCAGCACAAGGAUUUGCUGCUGCUGCCCCGUCUACACGAUGACUACCUCAAUCUGACCGAGAAGCUAAUGCAGUCGCUAGACGCACUGACGCGUCACUAUGAAUUCUCGUAUCUGCUCAAAGUGGAUGACGAUACGUAUGUGAAACUGGACAAUCUGCUCAACGAGCUCGUCUCUUACGAUCGCAAGCUGCUUAGAAAUCGUGCGGAAUUUGGACACGAACCAUUGCCGGAGCUAUAUUGGGGCUACUUCAAUGGACGCGCGAACAUCAAGGUCAAGGGACACUGGCGCGAGACGAAUUAUUAUUUGAGCAAGAACUACAUCAAUUAUGCACUCGGCGGUGGCUAUUUGCUCUCCCGCAAGCUAUGCGAACAUGUGGCCAAUAAUUCAUAUUUACUGUCCAGCUACGUCUCAGAGGAUGCAUCGCUGGGCACGUGGUUGGCGCCACUGCGUCAUGUCUAUCGUUGGCAUGAUGUACGCUUCGACACCGCCUACACGCCUAGCAAGUGUCGACCGUAUCACAUGGUGCUGCACAAGCGCAAUCAGCGCACAAUGCAUGAUCUCUACACGGGAAAGCUGUGCACCCACGAGCAACAAGGACAACGACUCUUUGUGUCCUACUAUUACGAUUGGACGAAGCCAGCGGACAAGUGCUGUGACAGCAUUGUCGCUUAGCUCAUUGCAUUAAAUGACCCUUGGGUCAGUUACCAUAACCAAAGAUAGACAUUAAGUUCUGUUUUCGGCUAUUUCCGAAAUUUAAAUUAUUAAAUAUUAAAUUGCUCCUAUGGCAGCAGUAGUAA